CGAGUGUUGCCGCCGCCCCUGCCGCCGAGGCCGGCGUCGCGACGUCCUUUAGCGUCCCCGCUGUCCACAACGGCAACUACCAGCGCAAUGGUACGCUUGCUCUGCUCAAGGCCUACGCCAAGUACGGCCUGACUCCCUCCGAGCCAGAGAGCAUCAUCAACGUCCUUCUCGGAAACCUUGUCAAGCGCCAGGACGGCACCGUCCCAGCCAAGCCUGACUCCCAGAACGUCGAGUACGUCUGCGAAGUCACCAUUGGCGGACAGACCUUGAACCUCGACUUCGACACCGGAAGCGCCGAUCUCUGGGUCUUCUCCACCAGCCUGCCCGCAACUGCGCAAAAGAACCACAACGUCUUUGACCCUACCAAGAGCACCACCUGGAAGAAGAUGUCUGGCGCAUCCUGGAGUAUUCAGUAUGCUGAUGGCAGUGGAUCUUCCGGUACCGUCGGCACCGACACUGUGACCAUUGGUGGCACCACCGUUAAGGGACAGGCUGUUGAGAUUGCCAACAAGGCUUCCUCCCAAUUCGUCUCUGGCGCCAACGAUGGACUCGUCGGACUGUCCUUCAGCAGCAUCAACACUGUCCAGCCAACCCAGCAGAAGACCUUCUUCGAUAACGCCCAGGCCAGCUUGGACCAGCCCCUGUUCGCAGCCUACCUUCCUUUCCAGGCAACCGGUGCCUACGACUUUGGCGCCACCGACUCCAGCCGUUACACCGGCGAGAUUUCCUACACCUCCGUCGACAACAGCAACGGCUGGUGGGAGUUCCCCAGCACCUCCUACAAGGUCGGAUCCAAGGCCUUCACCUCCCCAGGCUACACCGCCAUUGCCGACACCGGAACCACCCUGAUCCUCAUGGGUGACGAGCAGGUCGCCAACUACUACAAGAGCGUCCCCGGCUCCAAGUUGGACAACACCCAAGGCGGUUACGUCUUCCCCUGCAGCACCACCCUCCCAUCCCUCACUGUCGCCAUCGGUGACGGCGGUGAUGCCGUCAUCCCCGCCAAGUACCUCAACUUCGCCCCGGCUGACAACACCGGCACGAGCUGCUUCGGUUCUCUCCAGCCAUCUGGUAACGGCCAGCAGAACAUCUACGGUGACACCUUCUUCAACGCCUUCUACGGUGUCUUCGAUGCCAGCGGACCCAGCUUUGGUUUCGCUGCCACCGCAUAAGGGGUGGAUGUAUGGGAGAGACUGAUGGGGUUGGGCUUUUGACUUAGUGGAAUUGGCUUACCUCCUCGACGGGGGGUAUGUUGGGGGCUUGGCUUGGAUUGGAUUGGAUUGAAUAAUGAGAUGAUGAUGUGGGAGU